CACGUGCAUUUGCGCGCGCACACAGUCUUGCGCAAAAACUAAUUUGAUCACCGGAAGGUCUGAUCUCGCUUUUGGUCUCCCACGCGCAUCCCCACGACUGCGCGUGCCACCGCGAUGUGGGUCCGAACUGAGGAGCUUUAACGACUGAUCACGGAUAAAGCGGAUGAAUCCCUUCGGCUUCCCGAGGAGAGGCGAGGCUGACGGCUGUCACGAUGCGAGUACUGGACAACAGCAGCUUCCAGUCUAACAUCCCAGUGGCUGUUGACUUCACAGUGGGCGUGGUUUAUUCCCUUUUUGGUGUUUGUUCACUAUGUGGAAACAGUAUGCUGCUGUAUGUGUCCUACAAGAAGAAGCACCUGUUAAAACCAGCCGAGUUCUUCAUUAUUAACCUGGCCAUCAGCGACCUGGGCAUGACCCUCAGCCUCUAUCCACUCGCGGUCACCUCAAGCUUCGCUCACAGGUGGCUUUAUGGAAGGACAGUGUGUUUGAUCUAUGCCUUCUGUGGUGUUUUGUUCGGGAUCUGCUCUCUGACCACUCUCACUAUACUCAGCACUGUUUGCUGCCUCAAAGUCUGCUAUCCACAUCACGGUAAUAGGUUCAGCUAUGAGCACGGCCAUGUGUUAAUAGCGUGUGCGUGGGCCUAUGCUCUUAUGUUCGCUUGCUCCCCUCUCGCCCACUGGGGGCAGUAUGGUCCCGAACCCUACGGGACGGCCUGCUGUAUCGACUGGUCCUGGUCCAAUGACGACUCAGUUGCCCGCUCAUACACCACUGUGCUCUUCGUCGCCUGUUACCUGCUGCCGUGCAGCAUCAUCAUUGUCUCCUACACACGCAUACUGCUCACGGUCCGAGAGUCCCGCAGAGCGGUGGAGCAGCACGUGUCGGUGCAGACACGCAUGGGCAACAUCCAGGCAAUCAUAGUGAAGCUGAGUGUGGCGGUUUGUAUAGGAUUCUUUGCUGCAUGGAGUCCAUACGCACUGGUGUCUAUGUGGGCGGCGUUCGGCCGUUUUGAGGACAUCCCGCCCCUGGCCUUCGCCAUCCCUGCGGUUUUUGCCAAAUCCUCCACCCUGUAUAACCCUCUCAUCUACCUCUUGCUCAAACCCAACUUCCGCCACCUCCUCUGCAAGGACAUGCGCUCCCUGCGAGGGGUUUGCGUGCACCACUGCCUGUGCCAGUGUUUUCCCCGCCCAUCACUGGCCCUCAGUCUGCGGCGACGAGACCAAUCCAUCUCAGAUUCAACAAGGGGGCCCGUAGGUCCAUAUCACUGCCCUUGCGAGAGGUGUAAUGACCCGUUUGAGCAGUUUAAGCAGUACCCACGCCGCUGUCCCAUCAAAGUGAACACUGUGCAGUUGUCUCUGAAGGACAGCACUGAACCUGAAUUGGAGCCAGAACAAGAACAUAGAGUGAUAGAAGUCAAACCAAAGAGCCAGUCAAUGGAGUGUAAGAAGUCCGUGCGGGUGAUCGUGAGGGGGCGGAAAUGCUCCGAGAUUGACAGUCUGGAGAUCACCUUGGAAACAGUGCCUGCUCACUGCAAAGCUGCCAAUAACACCAAACCGUAACACCUGAGCCUAUGCACGGGUGUGUGUUUACACUCGUGUGCAUUCGCUUGCCUCAAAUAGACAAUAGUAAAUAGACUUUCACAUUUGCCUCAAUUUAAGGCACUGAGAACAAAUUUCUUUUCAAACUAAUUAUUGUGUGUAUUGACAUAUCUGCAAUGGAGUGCAAUGAUUGUUUUGUUAUUUUAAGUAUUUUAGGUUUCUUAUGGACAACUGACACAAUAUAUGCAUUUUUUAGCACAUUGAAUUUUUAAAUGAAGUGUUAUGCCUUCUGACCUUCCUGCUGAGGGAACAAACAAGUCGCUUUGAUAAACGUGUAAAAGGUGUGUACGUGUUGGAGAAACCUCCUUUCAAAUCUCUGUAAGUGAUAUGCUUCAAAUUUUGACAGUAUUGACGUCCAUGUUUAUAUUCAUUCACACUCACGAAUUAUCGGUAACGCUUCCUUUUACAGUCCAGUUAUCCAUGUAAAUACUAUGUACUUAUUUUAGUAACUAC